AUGAAACUGCAUUACAUCGGCAUCCUUCGCAACGAGAGCCAACCGGCUCAUGAGAUCGUCGCUGAGAAGGAGCUCAGCAGCUACUCGCGAUUCACCCGCAACAACUAUGGCGAAUUCAUGACCCUAUUCGCAAAGACCGUUGCCGAGCGCACCCGCCCUGGACAGCGACAGGAUGUCGAGGAGCAAGACUACACUUUUCACGCCUACGGCCGAACCGAGGGUGUCUGCGGUAUCAUUAUCUCCGAUCACCAGUACCCUGCCCUCGUUGCACAUCAACUUCUUAGCAAGGUCGUCGACGAGUUUCUCUCCAAGAACCCCCGCUCCAGCUGGGCCACCGGUACACCCACUCUCUCCAUGCCCGAGCUGAAGGAGUACCUCACAAAGUACCAGGACCCCCAGCAGGCCGAUAGCAUCCUCAAGAUCCAGAAGGAGCUUGACGAGACUAAAAUUGUUCUCCACAAGACCAUCGAGAGUGUGCUACAGCGUGGAGAGAAGAUCGACGAUCUAGUGGCUAAGAGUGACGGUCUAAGCGCCCAAAGCAAGAUGUUUUACCCAAGCCAAGAAGCAGAACUCGUGCUGUGUUUUGAUGUAAUGGAUCAUUUCGUUUUUCCGGCGUUGGACCUGGCUUCAUUUCAGCAUAUAAGGGAUGUCGGUAUUGAGAUUGGUUAUUCGUGCGGCGCAGAUACUUCCAAUCGUUUUGCCCAUCAUUCAUUCGCAGGGCCAUGUCUUUACAGCAGCUAGACUUGUCGAAGAGGGGGAGGAGAAUCUUAUCGCAAACAGUACGAUCAAAGGCAAAUGGGUGCCAAAUGGGUAUCAUUCUUUUUGACAUAUAAAAAAGUCCAUAAAUUGGACAAGUGUGAAAUGCUCACUUAUCACCAAACCUAAUCUGAUCGAAAAAUACAUGAAGAAGAAUAAAACCUGAGUACUUUGACUCAGGUUGCUUGAAAGAAAAGACAACCCCUUUGCUUUUUGAAGAAGAAGAAACUCCAACGAGAUGCUCCAAGGACGAGUCUGCUGUCUCGUGUCUUGCCCAUUCAUGCUUCUCUGGCGCCUUGCUGUAAAUCCGUAAUCCAUAAUGUCCAAACAUAUCCGUCACUGAAAGCGUAGUAUACAAAGGAGACAAACGUAUAGGAGGGGAAGAUACCCUCUGUGGUGUGUACAAGACGGCUCAAACCAGUUGAGUCC